AUGUUUGGUGCAGUGUUUGCCGAUAUUCUCGUUGCCCCACCAUACAAUUUUGAUUUUGAGUGGCUGGGCUACGUCUUUGCUGGGCAAAUUGUUGUUUCCUUUGUUGUCGUACCUGUCCAAGGAUACUUGAGCGACUACGUUGUCAAACUAAUGGGUCGACAAAACUCUGGCAUGACCGAGCCCGAGUAUCGACUGAUCACACUGAUUCUUCCGUUUACGGCCGGCAUCGUUAGCACCGUCAUCUUCGGCCAAGCUGGCGAACACCCAUAUCGUUGGAGCUGGGCCGCAAUCGCUGUCACUUUCAACGCCGAGUUCUACGGCUUUGUUGGCGUCAUAGUUGCGUCGUUCACCUACGUGAUCGACAGCUAUCCCACUCGUUCAGAUGCCGCCCUAGUCGUACUCUGCUUCGCACGUGGAGUGGUGUCAUUUGGCAUGUCAUAUGGGGCCAUCCGUUUCAUCAACGCGAAGGGAUACGCUGGAUCUUUCAACAUCUGCGCCAUCAUCAUGGGAUUGCUGGGUUUCCUCGGCAUCUUCGUCUACGCGUUUGGCAAGAAGCUUAGACGCGUAACGCAGGCGUGGAUUCACGACAAUUCCAAAUAA